CGCCCCGGCUUUUCCCCGCCCGCCGCCUCCCUGCCGCUCCGCAGCCGCUCCGCUCCGUUCUGUUCCGCUCCGCUUCGCCAUGUCCGCCGAACCGGCCCCGGCCGCCGCCGCAGCCGCCCCCGAGCAGACCCCUGAGCCGCCGGCGGGCGGCGGGGAACCGGCGGAGCACCGGGCGCUGGUGCUCACGGGUUUCGGUGGCUACGAGAAGGUGAAGGUGCAGACGCGGCGGGGCGGCGGCCCCCGGCCCGGGGAGGUCUCGGUGCGGGUCCGCGCUUGUGGCCUCAACUUCGCCGACCUGCUGGCGCGGCAGGGGCUGUACGACCGUCUGCCGCCGCUGCCCGUCUGCCCCGGUAUGGAGUGCGCCGGGACCGUCUGUGCCCUCGGCGACGACGUCCGCGAUCGACAGGUUGGCGAUAAGGUGAUGGUCCUGGCUAGGUCAGGGCUCUGGCAAGAAGUUGUGAACGUGCCAGCUGUUCAGACUUUCCUGAUGCCUGAGGGGAUGAGCUUCGAGGAAGGGGCUGCUCUUCUUGUCAACUACAUCACCGCCUACAUGAUCCUGUUUGACUUCGGAAACCUGAGGCCCAACCAGAGCAUCCUCAUCCACAUGGCUGCAGGUGGUGUGGGAACUGCUGCCAUCCAGCUGUGCAAGACUGUAGAAAACGUCACCAUUUUUGGCACCGCGUCUGCCUCCAAGCACGAUUCACUCAAGGAGAGCGGGGUCGCUCACCCCAUUGACUACAGAACGAUGGAUUAUGCAGAGGAGGUCCGGAAAAUCUCCCCCAAAGGUGUUGACAUCGUCCUGGACCCCUUGGGAGGAUCCGAUACGUCCAAAGCAUUUCACCUGUUGAAGCCGAUGGGCAAACUCAUCACUUACGGGGUAGCAAACGUGCUCACUGGGCAGAAGAAGAACCUCAUGGCUAUGGCUAAAACCUGGUGGAACCAAUUCAGCAUCAACGCCUUACAGCUCCUCCACCAUAACAAGGCCGUGUGUGGCUACUACCUUGGAUGCAUGGAGGAAGAAGUUGAGCUUAUCGGAGGUGUUGUAGCCAAGCUGAUUAGCCUGUACAGUCAAGGCAAAAUCAAGCCUAAAAUAGACUCUGUAUGGCCCUUUGAUCAGGUGGCAGAUGCCAUGAGGCAGAUGCAGGAGAAGAAGAAUAUUGGAAAGGUCAUCCUGGUUCCUGAAGCACCCAAGGAAGAAGCCAAAAAAGAAGAGAACUAAGCAGAAGAGCUGUGUGCGGAUUGUGAAUUCAUGGGUUAACUCCCUGCUCUCUUUGGGACCUGGAAAUGGACAGAUCAGUAGCUUCCAUCUUCAGCAGAACAUCGUGGUUACGGUUCAGAUGAGUUUGCAUGUUCUCGUUGUGACUGACCCUUUGCCAGACUCGCCUCUUGCCUCAGCUCUCCGCUUUGAAGCCUGUUUAUUUCGUACAUUAUUCUAAUCACUUCUUUCUCUCCUGAAUUUCCAAAACUAACCUUAUUUUUCCCUGGCAGUGCAGCUGAAGCUUCCAGGCAGUUGGUAUUAACACCUGCACAGCCUGUCCCUGUGAAAUCAGGAUGUGACGUCCUGUCACUGAGCCCUGCUGAAGCAUUUGCACUCUCACCUUUGGGAAGAUGGUUCAGCAGGAAAAUGGGCCAAACUGAGGAUUUUUCCUCAAGUUUGGAAGAGGAAACAGCCAGAGGAAAAGCACAUCUGGCCUUGUUUAAUUCCAUCACGGGCCACUCUUCUGUUUCCUCUAAGCACCCUCUUCCUCCUCUGCUUUCGUGGACCUCUAACACUGGUCAGGUAGUGACAGCUCGUGUUGUCUUUGCCUUCUAAAUAACCACCCUGGCAUUUUGGAGUCUAUGGCGUAUCACGUUUAAUUUGCGGUGGCUUCUCUGUGCAGAUAAUUCAACAGGCUGGUCUGUGUUUCAAUACAGAAGAAUUUCACUUGGGUAACUUGAUCGUGUCCAUUUUCUGAUUCCAAACUGUACAGGGAGAUCAAAACUCUGUCUGAUUUUUUUAGAGACCAUAAGGACUCAACUGUGUCUCAGAUGACUGGAACAAUUGAUGUUGGCUCUGUGCUUUAUUAAUGUUGGGCUCCAAGUCGGUAUUGUUAAGGCUAAACUUCACCUUUGUGUUUGUAUUUCCAAGGGCUGCGGUGUUGAACUGAUUCAGCAAGAGGGGAACACAACCAAGCCCCUGCUCGUGUUCGCUUUGUGCUGUGCCCUGUGUGCUGGGGGGGUGCUGCAGUUUGGAGGUUAACGUGCAAGAACCAGCCCUCAAAACCUGCUCCCCAGGCGCUGGACCGGCUCUUUCUGGCUGUGCCACCCCGUGAAACUAUCACCACGUUCCCAGUUUAGAUGGUAAACUGUCCAGCUCUGCGCCAAACCCCUCGGCUUGGGCGUCUUGAGCAGUUUGAAUUGUGCUUUUCAUUCUUUUCUAGCCAGCUCCUUAGAUAUGCACCCAAACCAGCGCUCGCCUCGUGGUUCAGGGCUCUUCUUCCCCUAAAACUGCAAACCUUGGGUCCCUCGGGCUCUCUCCAUCACCGCGGGUUUAGGGGCUGCUUGGGGUGCUCCUCCCGCACCACAACUCAGUUUCUCUUCCUCUUUUCUUCCUUCUUUCCAUGCGUUUGGAAAUGUUGCCGUGCAGAGAUCCAGGCCCGGUUCUGUCCUGCGUGGUGUCCCCCUUCCUGCUGGGCCCUGUUUUCGGUGACUCUGGUGCCGUUUGUUCUUGCUUUGAGGCUUUGUCACGGAUCGUAGGUGCUGCAGGUUUUUAGGCUUGGUUUUAGAUUUGAAAACGUUAAACCUGGGGGCACCAGGAAGAGCUGCCCAUCGUGGGAGAGCUCGGGCUACGGGAGCAAAACCUUGGGACCAGGAGUCCUGCUCAACCAAAGCCCAAGGUGGGGAGAUACCGGUGGGCAAAGGGCCCCCAAAGUGAAGCCCCUCUGGCAAACGCUGCCCAGGGCCGGGGGUUCCUGGGCAGGUGGGGAUGGUGGUUUGCUCCUCAGCCAGCUCCAGCCUCCGUUGGGGCUCCUCCAUCCAUGCAGUUUGGAUUUUGGGUGCUUGGGCUCAACCCGUGGUUCUGCCACCUCUUAGCAACACGUAGGCACAGCAUCGAGGGUUAACCCUGGCUAACCUGAGGUAUUAAAACAAUCCCUGCGACCUCAGGAAGCUUGAGCUCUGUCACAGGUCCUUGUCGGUCCAUCUCUCGCACUCGAUACAUGAACGUCACAAACAUGGUCUGAAACGCACAAAGCACAACUUGGAAAAAAUACAAUCCAAAAAUCUUGCUGCUUCUCCUUUCAACCCGCCCUAUCACGCUAAUUUAGAUCGAAUCCAACAGUGUCCAAUGCUGCUUUAGCAGGUCUGACAGCAGGACUGUCUGCAUUGCUGAAAUGGGAAGUCUGGACCUGCUCCUCCGGGAAACUGGAUUCACCUUGAUGAAAAGCAGCGCGCUCAGACGGCACAACCCCGCGCAUCUCCGGGUCCUGCGCACUGAUAAAGGGGGGAAAAACCUAUCAGAUCGUGUUUCCAGUACCAUCCUCUCCUCGCUUUACCCCGGGCUAAGCACACGCUCAGUGCCUUACUUGGACGGCCUUGGAUGGGGCAGCGUCGCUGGGGUCCCGCGGUCCGUCGCGACCGAGGGCGGCGGGAGCACCCCCGGCCGCACGCAGAACCGGUGCGCCACGCUGACCCGUAUCUCGGUGCCUUCUUCCACCUGUCCCCAAGGACUGGGAAGUCACUGGAGCCUUUUCCAUUCUGGCCUUUCGAAGUAUUGCCAAAAAAAUAACCUGUUACGCCUCUCUCUAGCUCUGUUUUGUGAUGUAGUCUGACUUGAGUAAGAUGCUCCGUUUCUGUGUAUUUUACAGCCUUUCCUGGGGGUUCUGUGCUCCCCGGUUCCAGAAGCGCUGUUGCAGAGCCUGGCUCUCCCCUAGGGCAGCUGUUGGGCUCAGGCCAGUCCUUGAGCCGGGCUUUAUCUGCCUUGGCUCUCUGGGAACAGUCCCAGCUCUCUGUGGGUGGCUGCUCGUGUAUCUUCUACCAACAAAUUCUGAAAGCCUUUCCGAGGGCAGGAGCACUGAGCAGUGCUUAUCUGAGAGUUUAGCACUGACUGGUUUAUCUCCCUUGGCAGAAACAAUGUUUUCUGCAGAAAAACCAAGAUUAACCGUAACCUUGCUCUUCACUGCCCUGCUGCUCAGUGCUCUGCUCUGGGUGCUUGUGCUUGGUUGGGUUUUGCUAUAAUGGACAAACAUUUAAUGGGCCAAUAAGUAUAGAACCUCUGUAAACCAACUGCAAGUGUCUUAACAAAGUUAACCAGCAGGUUUGUACACCAAGGACCAAAGCAAAAAACCAAAUCCACAAAUAGAAACCCUGGGAUAAAAAUAGUCCCGCUCGAUGUUGCUUAACUGUUUAGGGCAAAGUCGCGCUAUCGGGGAAACCGGAGGCUCCCGUGUUUAAGCUGCGUGUGCCGUUCCAGCUCUCAGAAGUGCAAUUUAAUGUUGAUUUGACUGAUUGUGCCGUGAGGAGGCCGAGCGGGCCGUGUAAGGAGCUCACAAGGGGAGGGGGCCCAGCCCUGCUGGUCCCACUGUGGCCAGUCCUGCAGUCGCCGUCCCAGGCUGGGACUGCUGGUCUGGGACAAAGGCGGCUCCUUUGCUAUCACCAGGCAGCUUGUGUCACCUUUCCUUUUGACUCUUUGGUUUCUCUCAAGCUCACAAAGUGCAGAAGGGGAAGGGAGCGGAGGCUUUGGCUUGUGCAGGGGAGCAGAACCCCCACCAAAUGCUUUGCGAGGAUGGGAAGGAGUUUAGCUGUACAUUUCAUUUUGGACAUGUAUAAAAUUAGAAUUGAUUGACCAGGGGGAAGUAAGAAUCACGGUGGGCUUCAGGCUUUAAUUGGGCCACUUACAGCUGCUAUCAUAGGCGUAAAACCCCUUUUGUUGCCUAACAAAGCCCGUGCCAAGCCCUGGUGAUGGCAAAGCGUGACUGGCAAGUGGUACCUGAGCGUGAUGUGAAAUGCGUUUGACUCUGAGCCUCUUACAACAUACGGUCUGGUCUGUACUGUCUGCGUCGUGUUGGUUUGCGUUCGGUGUGAUACGAGUGGUGCUCAUCCUACAGACACGUGGAAAAAUGUAUUCCGCUUUGUGCGUGUAACCAAGUCGGACAGAAAGCAAGUGUGCCAAUGCUGUUUACAUGACUCUACUGUGUAAUGCUCCUCUGUCUAAUGUUACCAUAUGCCUUAUGUGUUUCAAAUGGUAAUUAAAAGCAUAACAAAACCCUCA